CUAUGAGUUGGACAAUUAGUUAAUUUGAUACAAUACCAAAGCAAGAAUAAUCGAAAAACAACUAUACCACCGCAUACUAAUAAGUAAGACAUAACAGAUAACCAAAUUCUUGAAUCUUAAAACAAAUUUCAACUCGAGCAUUUAGUGAAUAUCAAAUUAACUAAUAUCCCGCCCGUAGGACGGGCCGACCCUAGUAUAUUUAUAAAAUUGAAUAUUUACAGUUAUACUAAGGUUAUGUUCUAUUCUAUUUUGGAAUAUAGAAUAUAAUUAUAAUUAUACAAUCUCAUUCUUUCAUUUCACUGUCCUCUCUUUUCUUUUCUUUUUUUGUCAAAGAAAUUUUCAUUUCAAAAGUGUGAAGUCAACUGACUUGGGAUCCAAACAACUCAAACAAAGGAAAGCAGAACCAAUAGGCUUAAUCAAAACAAAUAACAAAGAACUCCCCCAGAAAGUAAAGAGAAUAGGCUUGACGAUCAGCAGGAUGAGAUGAUCUCAAUUUUGCCAGUCUUUAGUGAUGCUGAGCCAGAGAUAUUAUCUACCAGAUAUUGCUUCCUGAAGGAUACGUUCUUCAAGCCACGCCGGCCUCUCUUUUCUAUCAGUCUUUCUAUAUCCUUCCCUCUCUGCUUGCCUUGUUCCUUCUUUCUCUAUAUCUCUUUUUUUUUUCUUUAUAAUAUGUAAUGUUAAAAUAAUAUAUUAUUGUAUUAUAUUUUAUUUACGAAACAUAGAAUAGAUUUAUAGUUAUUAUAUUUUUUUUUUUUACUCUCUCUCUCUUCUUCCUCCCCCAUUCUCCCUUCCUAUUUCUCCCUCCCUCCCUCUCUCUCUCUCUCUCAUAUAUAGUUUUUCACAUACAUAAUCAUCAAAUAUAAAAUAAUAUUUUUUUUUCUAAUUUGUAUUAUAACAAUCAAAUAUGCUUUUUAUAUGCUAUAACAUACAUUUAAACAUCUAUUUUACAAUAAUUAUGUUCUUUCAUAUUAAACAUUGUGUUUACUUUACUGAAUAUUACAAAUAAAUAAUACCCAAAAACUAAAUGUUUUUUAUAGUUAUAUUUUUCUUUCAAAUGAUCUAUUCUAUAUUGAUAUUAUAAAUAGAAUAGUAUCUAACUGUUAUGUGACAUACAAACGCUCACGCGUUACGGAGAAGUCUAACAUCUAUUUAUGUGAUAAAUAGACACACUUCCCAAGCCAUGUAUAUAUUCUUAAUUCUUUUCUCAAUAUGGUUAUAUCACAAAUUCUUCCUUUAAUUUAUUAUGAGUCCAAACAAUGGAUUCAAUAAGUUUUUGUCAAUAACCACACCCGCUGAAUAGAAACAUAAAACUGAAAGCCCAUACAGAAUGAGCACCUAGGAAAAAAAGACCAUAUGCAGAUAACGAAGAACCAUAAGAUUGAAUUACCUGAAAUGUUUGUGCCCAUAAGAAAUCGCGGAGCCACCCAUUAAUAGUAAUGAAACUCUGUGCAAAGUUUCCUCCGGUAAUAUGAGUUACCACUCCUUGAUCGCUUAUACUCUUUUCUUGAGAAUUGAUUCAAUUAUAUAAUUUUCUUGAACUUGCACAAAAUUGUUACCAUCUCUUAAUUGUUUGGAUAUCCAGUGUUGUUUCAAAUUUUUAUAAGUCCUAUCAAAAUAAUAAUCAAAGAAAUAUUAAAGAUGAUAUAUUUUAAAUAGUUAGUCUUACAUAUUUUUAAAAAUAUAUUAUAGAUAUUACAUUUAGAAUUGUAAUUAAAUUUAAAGUUUUGACCUUUGAUUUGUAAAUCUAUUUAAAAUUUAAGAAUAUUUUUGAAAAAAAUGUUAUUCAACCUCUCCAUCUUUAUUUGAUGUCUUAAUUUCUAACAUUUGUUUUAUCUGGUGUCCUUUCCCAGGAAAAGAAAAAAGAUUUGUCUUAUGGUAAAAAUGUCUUUGGUUUUAAGUAAUUACUUUUUAUUGUUGUUUUGAGUUCUAUGUAUUAUAAUAUAUCUAUGUUUAUCUUUUCUGAUAUAAAGAGAAACUGUAUUUAUAUACCUUCCCUUUUUUGGGCUUUAGUUUCUCUCUCGCUAAGUAUCCUUUUUUAGUGAGUGGAGCACAGCUGUCUUUCUAAAAAGUGACACGUCCACCACAAAACUUAUCUCUUCUGGUAGUUUUGCGGUGUAAUCUUCAAAAAUCUAGGGUUUGUUCAUAACUUUUACCGGCGGAGAAGUUAAAUUUCCAGAAAUUUCUGUAAAAUCAAGAUGUCAUACGCUAUGGAUAAAGCGUUGAUGGCUCUAUCGUUGGAAGAGGAAGAUGAACCGUUCGAUAUGCCUGAUCUUCCUCAGUACAAAUCGUGUGAAAGGAACUCCCGAAGUAUUAUCGGAAGGAUUCUUAAUCCAGACUGCCAGAAGAUGCCGGGUUUGAUUCGCGAGAUGCCAAGAACGUGGCAGAAGCAAGGGAAAGUUAGAGGAAUAGCUUUGUCCAAGGAACGGUUCCAGUUUGUUUUCGAUCAUGAACAUGAUCUGCUGGAGGUUCUAGAAAAAGGUGUUCAUACCUUCAACGACUGGACUUUAGCGAUUGAUCGAUGGGUGGAGAAGCCCCCUGAGGAUUACUUACAGUUCAUCCCUUUAUGGGUUCAAAUCAGAAAUCUCCCUGUCAAUUAUUAUACGAAGGAAGCUAUUACCGCUCUUGGUGAGAAGAUAGGUGCAGUCAAGGUGGUUGCUUUUGAUCCUGACAAGCCACAAGUGCAAGACUAUGUAAGGAUCCAAGUACGUUUCGAUGUCUCCAGACCACUACGGAAAUCAAAAGUUGUUAAUCUUCCGGAGGGAGGCUCUGCAGUGGUUCUCUUUAACUAUGAGAGAAUAAGAAAGCGAUGCUAUGAAUGUCAAAGAUUGAACCACGAAAAAGAUAUUUGUCCACUUCUGAAUAGGAAUCGACGGGAGGCUGCUGCUCUGAGGAGUGAGCGGGUUAUCAUGGACAGUCAUAGAAAUGAAGUCAUCUUGCAUCAAGACGAUCCUCUGUUUGGGGUUCUUUCUGAAGAUCAAGUUGGAAUCUGCAAGAUGACAGGAAGAAGGAAAAUAGCGCCAGAGGUUUUGGAAGAAAUGAGAAGAUAUUUAUUAAUGGCAACAGAAGAAGAUAAGAAGAUUAGAAUUGACCGGGUCAGAUCAUCAGUAGCUGAAGCGGAGAAGGACCCUUUUCUGCAGAAGACAAUGUUGCGCCUAGAAACUGCUCCGACCUUUACCAAUCAAAUUGACAAAGGAAAGGGUGUUGUCUAUGAUUUCGACCUUAAUACUUCCGCUGAGCCAAGAUUGGAAGACAAAGAUUCUGCUGACAAACUGAUGGCUUCUGCAAUCAAAGCUAAUAUCGAAGGUAGCUUGGUUCAUCGCUGGGAAGAUUUGAGGGUAUCAGAUAGAAAGGCGGAUCUUGGGAGUAUUGUUCAUCAGGCCUUCCUUCCUCAUGAACCUUCCUCGUCAAGGGUGUCAGAGAGAGGUCAUGAUUCGACAGCAAGCUUACAUGGGAACUCUACGGAAUAUGGUCCUGGAUACUUUGUGUCCAAGCCAUCCGGGGUUGUCCACAAAAGCUCUAAAUCGAGGAGAAGACCUUACAUCAAAAAAAGACGUGAACAACAAGGUCAGUCAUCAGGAAUUCUUCACCAGCUCUACGGUGAAAACGAAGGAGCAGAGAAGCUCGGUUCUAAAAGAAAGGCGGAAGACGCUAUUUUGAAGGGUGACAAAAUGGCGCGACUCAAAGAAUCAAGGGUGGUCCCAAUGGAGGGACCGCCGAAGCCUCAAUGAGCAUUAUCUCCUGGAAUUGUCAGGGCCUGGGGCGGCCUCAGGGUCUGACAAUUCAAC